CCAAAUAAAAAUAACAUGGAUGUUGACUUUGAGGGGUGCUGGGCAUGCCCUGUCCUUUGGACCUGUAAUACCCUCCCCAUGGCAUUGCCACCAUUAAAUUUGGGAGAACCGGCAGCUCUUUCGUCUGUGAGAGGUUCAUUCCAGAUGAUCAAAAUGAUAGGCCGAAAGAGGGGUCUGCCUCUGCUUCAGCUGUUGGCACUUCUGCUCCUGUUGUCAUGCCUUGUUCAUCCUUUGGGUGCUGUUCCUGCACACAGGAGCCUAAGUUUUGGGACCAAGGAUACGCCAGUUCUUGAAGACACAGACCAGGUGACAAGCAGAGACAUGCGAAUGAUGGAAGAAGAAAUCUCAAAGAUGGAGAUUGCAAGCAACGACUACCCAGGAUCAGGUGCCAACAAUCGACAUGAUCCAAAAAGUCCUGGCAGAGUUUGAAGUCAAUAGCUAAUGUUCUAGCAGUGAUGAGUGUGCAGUGAGGGCAUGGAAUCAAUGAGUCUAGCAAAAGUAGCUCUUUGGGUUUUAUAUGUAGUAUAAUGGAUUGGUAGUAUCACUGUAUGAAUCAUCAAGAGUAUAAAUGAAGGUUGAUCAUAAAUUUAUCUCCUAUAUCUUCAA